CUCUCUGAUUGCGUGAUCAUACAUGACAGAGUGACGUCACAAUGUGUUGUCAUUCCAAUCACAGAUGUUGCGUUAAUUUCGUCAAUCUCAUUGCAGUUAGCAGACCUCAGCAAGAAGGAGUGAUCUCCAAAGGAUAAACGAUGGAGGCCCCGGCGGAGGUUAUGCCCCAGGUCACAGCCCUCAAGCUGUCGUACAACGACAUAGCCACAAAGCUUUUGAGUGAGAAACUUCUACUAACAGCCCUAGAACUCCACGCAGAGCUUUGUGAAGCUGGGAGGGAGCUGCCAGUUCUCAGAGACUUCUUCGCCAAUCCCAGUAACUUUGAGUCUCACAGCAAACCAGAACCUCUUCUCCCAAUCCAUCGAUCUAGCAGUCAAGCCACCCUCGAUUCCCUGGACAUCUCCCGAUACUCAGAAGACGGGGGAGGAGUCGAUGAGAGAGUGGCAGUUCUCGAGUUCGAGUUGAGGAAGGCUAGGGAGAAUAUCUCAGCUCUGAGGGCUAACCUGACGGUUGUCACGGAAUCUGAGACGAUUCCUGACAAGAACUCUGAUCGGAGCUGCCUGGGAGACCCCCCGAUCAAGCCCCAUGAACAGAGAGCUCUCAACUUUCUCAUCUACGAGUAUUUAUUAGCAAGGUCUUACAAGUUAACAUCGAUAACCUUUAGCGAUGAGAAUGAGGAUCAGGACUUCGAGGAUUGGGAGGAUGUAGGACUUAAUAUUUCCAAGCCACCAGAUUUAGUACAGGUUUACAGGGAGUUUUUCAGGGGUAGCGGCUACCACAGGCCCGCCUCUACUUCUGCUGCAGUUCAGACUGACCGAGAGUGGUUAGAGAGCUUGGAGAAGCAGAACGAGGAGAGGGAGGACCGAGAAAAGGUGGCGAGACUCUUGGAGGAAUUGGAGAGCCUGCAGGAACAAGUGGACAGGCUUCAAGCUGUUAAUAAGGAACUCGAGCAGAGGCUGGAGGCAUCGGGAAAAUCCCAGGAUGAGCAGAAUCUCAGUCAGAAUGUCCACAUUACGAGCUCUAAUUCCACAACUCCAGAUAAAUUUGAGAUGCUUGAGUCUCCGAGAGAAGUUCUGGAGUCCGAUAGAAGCCCUGCAAUGAAAGAGGAUCUCGAGGAGGCGGAUAGUAUUUCUGUGGUAGUGUCCCUCGGGGACACAGACCCAGGGGACAAAGAGUGGACUCGAAUCCACCUGCCGAGAAUGGACAUCACUACCGAAACCCCGACCCUUCCAAAUUCUCCAUCCCGAACUCUCCCAACUCGUUUUAAACGAGAAGUCUUGGCCCACUGCCAGAUAACUGCUUCCCCUUUCGGUUCAGAUGGUACACAAGAUGCCCUGAUCGAUGUUCUCGCCAUCAGUCUUCCCAAAAUCACUCCUAACAUCGUUCUCAACAAGCGAGAGGAGAUAAUUCCCCUCAUCCUUAACACAAUUCGCCUCCAUCCCGAUCCCUCAGAACGUGAAAAGCUCCUGCAACUGCUCUUCAACCUGAAGAAAAAGCCACAGGAAGAUGAGAGAAGAAUCCUCCUGGGAGGACUGGUAUCAAUAGUGAAGCUGGAGGACAGCCCCCCAAAUUCUGAGGAGGUGCUGACCAUCUGCUGGGAGCAGAGCCAACAUAAAUACUCAGAACGUCGACUCUUGGCGUCAGAGUGCUGCUUAGUCCUGGCUCCUUACACUCCCAGUGGCCUCAGGAACUCCCUUAUGAUUUCCAUGCUCCAGCAGAUGCUACUGGAGGACAAGGAGCCUUCAGUUCGAGCUUCUGUUGUCCAGAGUCUCUCUCUUUUGGUGGCAAUGAUGGAUGACUCCGAUAAAUACUUCCAGUGCGAGGAGCUCGCCCUUACAGCCCUCGAGGACUCCUCCCCGGAAGUCUUUCUCGCAGCCUCUACUACUCUCCUCCCCAUCUUGGCCCAGUGGGUUCUCUCUCUCAAACGCUUUCAGUCCCACCUGUUGCCCAGAAUCCUAGGGAAACUUAAGAAUCAGCUCAGGCCCAGCCAAUCUACUGGAAAGGAACACGAGGGGGAGAGGGCCUGUGGAACCAUCACUGUCCUUACUAUUCUUUUACCUCACACGAUAGUCUCAGUAGCUUGUUCUCCAGUGGUUAAAUCCAGUAUCCAGGAGGACACCUCAUCGGAGAUCCCCAGGGAGAUAAUCUCCUUGUGCAGAUCCAGUAUUACGAAUCCACAGGUGUUAUGCGACGACUCCGAGGACAUUGGCAUUAUUUUGAAUACAUUUUUAUCGCAUAUCUGGGUUGAGGACACUUGGCCGGAGCUCGAUUGGCUCACGAAUAAACUCCUUCCUGAGCUUGUGGAGAUGGUGAAGGUCGUAGACCUUCAACGUUCAAGACGUUCAGACGUUCAAGAGUGUGUUCUCAACAGUUUGAUGGGGUAUUUUCAGGGGCUCUGCGAGGGCUUUGGUCGUUACGUCACUCAGUAUAGGAUCAAGAAGAUGUUUGAAAAAGAAGUGAAGGACAUGGAGGACUGGAUAAUAUCUCUCGGUGGAGAUCAGGCUGAGAAUCUCACCCUGAUACCCGUUUAUCUAACGAUAGUUUCAACCCUCGAUACCUCUGACCUUUCCAAGAGCAUUAAAAAAUUCGUAGUCCUCUGCGCGAUGAGUGGAACUGACAUUACUACUCUCAUUAUUGGAAUAAAGAGGCUCUGCACUCAAUCAAAGUUCGUUGAGGUUGUUUUGACGGCCCUGUGGGAUGGAGUGGUGCAUGAAAGAGCCUGUGUCCGGAGGGACACAGCAGAAAUUUUCGCUGAAAUCAUUUCUGCUGUUGGGGAUAGACUGGUCGCAGCCAGGAUUGCUCCAGCUAUUGUGACUUUGGCUUCAGAUUCUGAUCUCAUAUUGAAGGCUGCGGUAAUUCAUGCACUGGGGAAACUUAUCAUGGAGAGUGGAUCUAGAGAGACGAAAGACAAGGGAAGAUUGACACUGGAGACCAUCGCCAGGGAACCUCAAUUUUCAAAUUAUUUAGCUGUACCUUUGGUGACCACUUUGGCUCACAUUGCCCCCAACUGCCCUCAGCAUUAUGUCGAGGAGUUCAUCACCAGUCAGUUGACUGAGAUUACUGUCGCAGCCCUGCAACAGGGUAGGAGAGAAGAUCUCGCGGAUGCUCUGGUUAAUGCCUACUCUAUUAUUCUUUAUUGCUCGUUGAGCGAUAAAUGUGUGGGGAGUGUACUGCUUCCUGGACUGAGAUCUCUAGAGACAUUGGUAACCCAGGUGCUUCCACAGCAGAGGGAGACUGUCAGGUCGCUUAUCAAGGAGGCCGAGUCUAGACACGAUGCCCAGAGGCCUAUCGAAAGAUCAAUUUCUGCAAGUUCCGGACUCUCAUUGUCCCUGGCAACGGCCAACGUGGGCCAGGGUGUUGAAGACAUGCGUCAAAGGAUGUCCAAGAUAUUCACCCAGAAACCAAAUUCGCCCAGUAUGCCCAGCAUAUUCAGAAAAAAAUAGUGGUGGUGAGUGAUUCAGCGGAGGGCAACGGAGGGAAGCGGAAUUUUCGUAAGGUGCCUUUACAGUAAUGCCAUUUUUCUCGCGUUAGAUCUCAUGAUUCUAUCCUGGUGAGAUUUCAACCCGAAACCUCUCGCAUGCGAGGUAGCGAGCAUACACACUGAGCCAAGCUGCCGGACAUCGUAAGCACAAAUUAUAUUUUAUUCACCAGUAGAGGACAAAAAUUAUGCAAUUAACACGCGAAGAAAAAUGAUAAAUGUGUUAGAUAAUUACGAACAACUAGUUCACUUUAUCUUCUCAACGAUAAUAUGUACUUACAGUAUUUAAAAGUUAGUGAAUUUAAUAGAGCUAUUUUUGAAGAAUGAGGGAAUCGAGAGAGUAAAUCGUUGUUUCGAGAGUAUUCAUCUUGUAAGAAUAUUUUAUUUUAUCUAUAUACAGUUAAAUAAAUAUAUACAUGCAGUAUGCGUAAGAUAGAUUUAUAUGCGUUUUUACAUUAAAUUAUAUUAAUUUCCAUCGAUUCAAUUGCACGAUUGGUUUCUGAGUGUUAACAAUUGUUUUUUUUUCUUAUCUCCUUGUUAUCUAUGUUUUUAUUGAAUAUUAAAUAUAGUGAAACGUAUUUAUACA